AUGCACGCCCAGCUCGGAGCAGACCCGGACCCAGUAGAGGCUCCGUGGGGCGGGAAAAGGAGCAGCUCCGGGGAUAUAAGAGGCAGCAGCGGAGGCGAGAAGGGUCCCCGGGCCGGCAAGGGGAGCCUCCGUCCACCCCCGACCCUCGCAGCCAACGAGGGGAAAAGCGGGGAGCAGGAAACGGUCGGAGAAAAGAAAUAUCAGUGCACAGAAUGUGAAAAAUCCUUCAGAACGAAUGAAAACCUGGAAAACCACCUGAGAAUCCACUCAGGAGAGAAACCAUUUAUAUGCCUGGAGUGUGGAAAGAGCUUCAGUCAGAGGGGAACCCUUUACGCCCAUCGGAGGAUCCACACGGGAGAAAAACCCUAUAAAUGCCUGGAAUGCGGGAAAACCUUCAGUUUAAGCGGAAACCUUUACGCCCAUCAAAGGAUCCACACAGGAGAAAAACCAUUUAAAUGCCUCGAAUGCGGAAAAACCUUCCGGCUCGGUGGAAACCUUUACAUACACAAAAGAACCCACACUGGAGAAAAGCCAUAUAAAUGCCUGGAGUGUGGAAAAUGCUUUAUUGUGAGUGGGCACCUCCUUCGACACCAAAGAACUCACACGGGGGAAAAGCUGCAUAAAUGCCUGGAAUGUGAAAAGACCUUUAGCGAGAGGGAAAGCCUUUGUGAACAUCAAAAGAUCCACUCAAGAGAAAAACUGCAUAAAUGCCUGGAAUGUGGAAAGAGCUUCAGUCAGAGGAGAAGCCUUUAUAAUCACCAAAGAGUUCACACUAGGGAAAAAGAAUACAAAUGCCUGGAGUGUGAAAAGAGCUUCAGUCAGAGGAAAAGCCUUUCUAAUCAUAGAAGAAUUCACACUAGAGAAAAAGAAUACAAAUGCCUGGAAUGUGAAAAGAGCUUCAGUCAAAGGGGACACCUUUAUAGACAUCAAAGAAUCCACUCAAGGGAGAAACCGUACAAAUGUCUGGAGUGUGAGAAGACCUUUUCUGAAAGUGCACAUCUCCGUCAACAUCAAAGGAUCCACACAGGAGAGAAGCCGUAUGAGUGCCUGGAUUGUGGAAAGAGAUUCCGUCAAAAUGGGACCCUUUAUAUGCAUCAAAGAAUUCACACAGGAAACAAACCAUAUAAAUGCUUAGAGUGUGGAAAGAGCUUUACUGAUGGUGGACAACUUAGUCAACAUCAAAGGAUCCAUACAGGAGAGAAACCAUAUCGAUGCCUGGAGUGUGGAAAAGCUUUCAGUCGGGUAGAACACCUCAGUCAGCAUGAAAGAAUUCACACAGGACAGAAACCAUAUAAAUGCAUAAAGUGUGGAAAGAGUUUCAGUCACAAGGCAAGCCUUUACGCACAUCAAAGAAUCCACUCUGGAGAAAAACCCUUUAAAUGCCCGGAGUGUGGAAAAUGCUUUACUCAGGGUGGACAUCUCUAUCAACAUCAAAGGAUUCACACGGGGGAGAAACCCUAUAAGUGCUUGGAGUGUGGAAAGAGCUUCAGUCAGCGGGGAAACCUUUAUAGCCAUCAAAGAAUCCAUUCAGGUGAGAAAUCCUAUAAAUGCUUGGCAUUGGAAAGAAAUUUGCUCAGAGGGGACACCAUCAACUUCAAAGAGUUCGCACAAGAAAUCCAGGAGGGAGGAGAGAAACAUCAGUGCCCGGAAUGUGGAAAAUCUUUCAAAGCAAAUGGAGAUCUUAAAAUGCAUCAAAGGAUCCACUCAGAAGAAAAACCGUUUAAAUGCCUGGAGUGUGGAAAGAGCUUCAGUCAGAGGAGCAGCCUUUAUAGACAUCAAAGGAUCCACUCAGGAGAGAAACCACAUAAAUGCCUGGAGUGUGGAAAGAGCUUCAGUCAGAAGGGACACCUUUAUACACAUCAAAGGAUCCACUCAGGAGAGAAACCGUACGGAUGCCCAGAGUGUGGAAAGAGCUUCAGUUGCAGCAGCAACCUUCAUAGACAUCAAAAAAUCCACUCAGGAGAGAAACAGCAUAAAUGUCUGGAGUGUGGAAAGAGCUUCAGUUGCAGCAGCAGCCUUUAUAUACAUCAAAGGAUCCACUCAGGAGAAAAGCCACAUAAAUGCCUGGAGUGUGGAAAGAGCUUCAAUGUGAGGGGACACCUUUAUAGACAUCAAAGGAUCCACUCAAGAGAGAAACCGUACGGAUGCCCAGAGUGUGGAAAGAGCUUCAGUUGCAGCAGCAGCCUUUAUAUACAUCAAAGGAUCCACUCAGGAGAAAAACCACAUAAAUGCCUGGAUUGUGGAAAGAGCUUCAAUCGGAGGGGACACCUUUAUAGACAUCAAAGGAUCCACACAGGAGAAAAACCUUGUAAAUGUCUGGAGUGUGGAAAGAACUUCAGUUGCAGCAGCAGCCUUUAUAUACAUCAAAGGAUCCACUCAGGAGAAAAACCACAUAAAUGUCUGGAGUGUGGAAAGAGCUUCAGUCUGAGGGGAACCCUUUAUAGACAUCAAAGGAUCCACACAGGAGAAAAACCUUAUAAAUGCCUGGAGUGUGGAAAGAGCUUCAGUGAGAAGAGCAGCCUUUAUAGACAUCAAAGGAUCCACACAGGGGGAAAAUGUUAUAAAUGCCUGGAGUGUGGAAAGAGCUUCAGUCUGAGGGGAAACCUUUAUAGACAUCAAAGGAUCCAUACAGGAGAAAAACCUUAUGAAUGCCUGGAGUGUGGAAAGAGGUUCAGUCUUCAAGGAAACCUUUAUGCACAUCAAAGGGUCCACUCAGGAAAGAAACAGCAUAAAUGCCUGGAGUGUGGAAAGAGCUUCAGUUGCAGCAGCAGCCUUUAUACACAUCAAAGGAUCCACUCAGGAGAAAAACCACAUAAAUGUCUGGAGUGUGGAAACAGCUUCAACGUGAGGGGACAACUUUAUAGACAUCAAAGGAUCCACUCAGGAGAAAAACCACAUAAAUGCCUGGAGUGUGGAAAGAGCUUCAAUGUGAGGGGACACCUUUAUAGACAUCAAAGGAUCCACACAGGAGAAAAACCACAUAAAUGUUUGGAGUGUAGAAAGAGCUUCAGUCUGAGGGGAAACCUUUAUAGACAUCAAAGGAUCCACACAGGAGAAAAACCUUAUAAAUGUCUGGAGUGUGGAAAGAGGUUCAGUCUUCAAGGAAACCUUUAUGCACAUCGAAGAAUUCACUCAGGAGAGAAACUGCAUAAAUGCCUGGAAUGUGGAAAGAGCUUCAGUCUGAGGGGAAACCUUCAUAGACAUCAAAGAAUCCACACAAGUUCUCGUAGCCCCGAACAGCCAAGGAAAUGUGGAAAGAGCUUUACUGAAAGUCGAGCUCUUCAUAAACAUCAAAGCAUUCACAGAGGAGAAAAAGCAUAUAAAUGUCUGGAGUGUGGAAAGAGUUUCAGUGAGAGGGGAGACCUUUAUAUACAUGAAAGAAUUCACCCUGGAAAAAAACCAUAUAAAUGCCUGGAGUGUGGAAAGAACUUCAGUCAGAGGAGAAACAUCAAAGGAUCCACUCAGUGUGGAAAGAGCUUUACUGAAAGUCAAGGUCUCCAUAAACAUCAAAGCAUUCACAGAGGAGAAAAAGCAUAUAAAUGUCUGGAGUGUGGAAGGAGCUUUAGUUGGAGGGGAAACCUUUACAGACAUCAAAGACUCCAUUCAGGAGAGAAACCAUAUAAAUGCCUGGAGCGUGGAAAGGGUUUCUGUGGGAAGGGAAGUCUUUGUCAGCAUCAGUCCACUCGGGAGAAAAACAAUACAAAUACCUUGAGUGUGGAAAGAGCUUUAUUGUUUGUGGACACCUCUAUCGACAUCAAAGAAUUAACAUGGGGAAAAAUGCUAAAUAUGGCUGAAUGUGGAAAAGCCUUCAGUCACAACGGCGGAAGACUCAGGAAUCCCCAGAGAAUCCAGGAGGGAGGAGAGAAAUAUGAAUGCGAAGAAUGUGGAAAAUCCUUCAAAAGAAAUGCAGAUCUUAAAAUCCAUCAAAGGAUCCACACAGGAGAAAAACCGCAUAAAUGCCUGGAGUGUGGAAGGAGUUUCAGUCACAGGAGCAACCUUUAUAAACAUCAAAGGAUCCACUCAGGAGAGAAACCAUUUAAAUGCCUAGAGUGUGGAAAGAGCUUCAAUCGGAGGGGACACCUUUAUAAACAUCAAAGAAUCCACACAGCAGAAAAACUGCAUAAAUGCCUGGAAUGUGGAAAGAGCUUCAAUCGGAAAGGACACCUUUAUACACAUCAAAGAAUUCACACAGCAGAAAAACUGCAUAAAUGCCUGGAAUGUGGAAAGAGCUUCAAUCAGAGCAGCACCCUUUAUAAACAUCAAAGGAUCCACUUAGGAGAGAAACCUUUUAAAUGCAUGGAGUGUGAAAAGAGCUUCAGUCAGAGGGGACACCUUUAUACACAUCAAAGAAUUCACACAGCAGAAAAACUGCAUAAAUGCCUGGAAUGUGGAAAGAGCUUCAAUCAGAGCAGCACCCUUUAUAAACAUCAAAGGAUCCACUUAGGAGAGAAACCUUUUAAAUGCAUGGAGUGUGAAAAGAGCUUCAGUCAGAGGGGACACCUUUAUACACAUCAAAGGAUCCAUUCAGGAGAGAAACCGCAUAAAUGCCUGGAGUGUGGAAAGAGCUUCAAUCGGAGGGGAAACCUUUAUACACAUCAAAGGAUCCAUUCAGGAGAGAAACCGCAUAAAUGCCUGGAGUGUGGAAAGAGCUUCAGUCAGAGCGGAAGCCUUUGUGCACAUCAAAGAAUCCAUUCAGGAGAGAAACCGUAUGGAUGCCCGAAGUGUGGAAAGAGCUUCAAUCGGAGGGGAUACCUUUAUAAACAUCAAAGGAUCCACUCAACAGAGGAACAGUAUAAAUGUCUGGAGUGUGGAAAGAGCUUCAGUCAGAGGGGAGACCUUUAUAUACAUGAAAGAAUUCACCCUGCAAAAAAACCAUAUGAAUGCGUGGUGUGUGGAAAGAGCUUCAGUCAGAGGGGAAGCCUUUAUGUACAUCAAAGGAUCCACACAGGAGAAAAACCGCAUAAAUGUCUGGAGUGUGGAAAGAGUUUCAGUCACAGGGGAAGCCUUUAUACCCAUCAAAAGAGCCACUCAGGAGAGAAACCGCAUAAAUGUCUGGAGUGUGGAAAGAGUUUCAGUCAGAGGAGCAGCCUUUAUGUACAUCAAAGGAUCCACACAGGAGAAAAACCGCAUAAAUGUCUGGAGUGUGGAAAGACCUUCAAUCGGAGGAGCAACCUUUCUGCACAUCAAAGAAUCCACUCAAGAGAAACUAAAUAUCAGUGCCCGGAAUGUGGAAAAUCCUUCCAAGGAAAUGGAGAUCUUAAAAAGCAUCUAAGAAUCCACACAAAAGAAAAACCACAUAAAUGCCCGGAAUGUGGAAAGAGCUUCAGUCAGAGAAGAAGCCUUUAUAAACAUCAAAGGAUCCACUCAGGACUGAAACUGCAUAAAUGCCUGGAAUGUGGAAAGAGCUUCAGUCUGAGGGGAAACCUUUAUAAACAUCAAAGGAUCCACUCAGGAGAGAAACCACAUAAAUGCCUGGAAUGUGGAAAGAGCUUCACUCAGAGGGGAAACCUUUAUAAACAUCAAAGGAUCCACUCAGGAGAAAAACCGUUUAAAUGCCUGGAGUGUGGAAAGAGCUUCACUCAGAGGGAAAGCCUUUAUAAACAUCAAAGGAUCCACUCAGGAGAAAAACCACAUAAAUGUCUGGAGUGUGGAAAGAGCUUCAGUCAAAGGGGACACCUUUAUAAACAUCAAAGGAUCCACUCAGGAGAAAAACCAUACGGAUGCCCGGAGUGUGGAAAGAGCUUCAGUUGCAGCAGCAGCCUUUAUAAACAUCAAAGGAUCCACUCAGGAGAGAAACCGCAUAAAUGCCUGGAGUGUGGAAAGAGCUUCUCUCGGAGGGGACACCUUUAUACACAUCAAAGGAUCCACUCAGGAGAGAAACCGUACGGAUGCCCGGAGUGUGGAAAGAACUUCAGUCAGAGGAGCAGCCUUUAUAAACAUCAAAAGAUCCACUUAGGAGAAAAACCACAUAAAUGCCUGGAGUGUGGAAAGAGCUUCAAUGUGAGGGGACACCUUUACGUACAUCAAAGGAUCCAUUCAGGAGAGAAACCGUAUGAAUGCCUGGAGUGUGGAAAGAGCUUCAAUCGGAGGGGACCCCUUUAUAGACAUCAAAGGAUCCACACAGGAGAAAAACCACAUAAAUGCCUGGAGUGUGGAAAGAGCUUCAAUCGGAGGGGAAACCUUUAUAGACAUCAAAGGAUCCACUCAGGCGAGAAACCGCAUAAAUGCCUGGAGUGUGGAAAGAGCUUCAGUGAGAAGAGCAGCCUUUAUAGACAUGAAAGGAUCCACACAGGGGAAAAAUGUUAUAAAUGCCUGGAGUGUGGAAAAAGCUUCAGUCUGAGGGGAAACCUUUAUAGACAUCAAAGGAUCCAUACAGGAGAAAAACCUUAUGAAUGCCUGGAGUGUGGAAAGAGGUUCAGUCUUCAAGGAAACCUUUAUGCACAUCGAAGAAUUCACUCAGGAGAGAAACUGCAUAAAUGCCUGGAAUGUGGAAAGAGCUUCAGUCUGAGGGGAAACCUUCAUAGACAUCAAAGAAUCCACACAAGCGGAGAAACCUUAUAA